UCCCGCCGUGCGCAGCGGCUUCCGGCGGCGGCAGCGUGAGCCGGGAGCGCCAGCGGCAGCCAUGGCGUACCGCGGGCAGGGCCAGAAGGUGCAGAAGGUGAUGGUGCAGCCCAUCAACCUCAUCUUCCGCUACCUGCAGAACAGAUCCAGGAUCCAGGUGUGGCUUUAUGAGCAGGUGAACAUGAGGAUAGAAGGCUGCAUCAUUGGCUUUGAUGAAUACAUGAACCUGGUGCUGGAUGAUGCAGAGGAGAUUCACUCCAAAACAAAGUCAAGGAAGCAGCUGGGUCGGAUCAUGCUCAAAGGGGACAACAUCACCCUCCUCCAGAGUGUCUCCAACUAGGCUUUGUCCUCCACUUAGAACAGCAGCUCCAGAGUGAAGAAAGCAUUGGUGGGAGCAGGAGCAGCCAGCUGAGAGCCAGUUUUGUGUGGCAGGGUCAGGCUGCAGGUUCCUGAG